UUACUUGAAAUGUUUAGUUAUUCACAUUAAGACCAUAAUUUGCGAAUGGAAAGUUGACUCAUCGAUAGAAAAUCGACAUGAUUACACACAACCUAUCUAGUGAAAUGGAAUUAAAUUGUGAACAUAGUUUGGACGCAUUUUACAUUUUGGCGGUUUAAAUUUUGACAUAACAAACGUUGUCAGUACGCGGAAAAUAAAUUAUCUGUCAGUCAAUUUUAGCGAUAAUUUGCUUCUUUUUUUGUCUUUUUAUAACGUGGGAUCCGUCAAUACAGAAACGAGCAGCACUUUUAUUAUUGACUCGUGGAGCAUGUUGUGUACAAAAUAAACAAAGAGAAAAUUGUAUAUGUAGACAAAAUCGAAAAAAGUACUUUUUUAACGUACAUUGAAUUCAGUAUUUUUGAGAGAAUAAUGAAACAUAGGUGACUUAAAAGAAUCUCUUUUAUUGUGUGUGAAUAUUGAAAGAGAAAGUCAAAAUGAAGUUAAUCGCUAAGAGUCUUGAUAAAGGCAUGCAAGGGUCAGUGGUCCUUGUGCCGGAAGAACCGGAAGAUAUGUGGCAUGCUUACAAUUUAAUUAGCGAAGAUGAUUAUGUGCGAUCGACCACAAUCCGAAAAGUUCAAAGUGAAACGGCGACAGGUUCGUCAAGUAGCAGUCGAAUACGUACAACUCUUACCAUUUGUGUAGAAAGCAUUGAUUUUGAUACACAGGCUUGUGUGCUACGUCUCAAAGGUCGAAAUGUCGAGGAAAAUCAAUAUGUCAAGAUGGGUGCCUAUCACACAUUAGAUUUGGAAUUGAAUCGUAAAUUUUCACUAACAAAACGUGAAUGGGACACAAUAGCCUUGGAACGCGUUGAUAUGGCUUGUGAUGUGACACAAAACGCUGACUUGGGCGCUGUUAUCAUGCAGGAAGGAUUGGCUCAUGUGUGUUUAAUAACAUCAAGUAUGACACUGGUACGAAGUAAAAUCGACAUGAAUAUACCAAGAAAACGGAAAAAUAAUGCUAAAAGACACGAAACUGGUCUGAAUAAAUUCUAUGAAGCCGUAUUACAAGGCAUUUUACGUCACAUCAAUUUUGAUGUCGUCAAAUGUGUACUACUCGCAUCGCCCGGAUUUGUUAAAGACCAAUUCUUUGAAUAUCUCAAUCAACAGGCUGUUAAAUCUGACAAUAAGGUGCUUUUGGAAAAUAAAAGUAAAUUUGUACUAGUUCAUGCCUCAUCAGGAUUCAAGCAUUCUUUGAAAGAAGUGCUUCAGGAUCCUGCCGUUCAAGCGAAAUUGUCCGAUACAAAAGCGGCGUCUGAAGUAAAGGCUUUGGAACAAUUUUAUCAAAUACUCCAAGCUGAACCAGCCAGAGCAUUUUACGGCAAAAACCAUGUGGUUAAGGCAGCUGAAUCACAAGCAAUCGAAACAUUACUGAUAUCAGACAAUCUUUUCCGAUGUAAGGAAGUGAACAUUCGAAAAGAGUAUGUAAAAUUAGUGGAAGACGUUCGAGAUGCGGGCGGUGAAGUGAAGAUUUUUUCAAGCAUGCACAUAUCGGGACAGCAAUUGGCACAACUAAGCGGGAUAGCUGCAAUGUUACGGUUUCCAAUGCCUGAACUAGAGGAUGAAGAUGAAGACGAAGAUGAUAAUGAUACGCAAGACAGUGACUCUGACAAUUAAAUUUUAUAUAUACUCGAAGUUUGACUGCCAUUUUUUGAACAUUUGUCUGCUGUCGUGCUGAUUUUUUUUUGAAUUCGUUAGAUAAAAACAAACAACCACAAAUCAAUAAGAUGUUGAUAACUUAAUUUAUUUUGCUAUUUUAUUGCGCGCCAAAUUCAAUUUGAUUAUUUUUUUUGUAAUUACAAUAUUGUAUAUAUAUACUAUUUAAUUAUUUUGUAAAGAAUCAAAAACAAGCAAAAAGAAAAAAUAAAUGAAAUGCUUUACCCUUGCUCCGAUAUUAGUUA